CAUCAGACAAAAUGAACUGAACAAAAUUUUUUUUUUUGAUUUUUCAUUCAAUUUCAAACGGAACAUGUACAGGCUUGAACAUUAAACAAAAAGAUGCAGAAAUAUUCACCAAAAUAAGAAAAACACCCACGGCAGAGCUUUUUGGGUAAGAUGGAUCCAGAUCUGAUGGGAGGGAUCCCACCCACGGGACCAGGCUCCCAUCGUCCCCUUCACCACCAUUCCCAGAAGGCUCCUCUGUUAAGAAAUUACCUAAAGUAGAAGCAAACACAGAGAAAUUAGCCUCCCUUUCAACCGCCGUCAGCACCAAGCUCAAACCAAAGAAAAACCCCUUCUAUUGCUCUCGAAGCUCAGCCGAAACUCCCCAACAAAACAGACCCAAAAUCAACCAACCAUAAAAUCAAUACCGACCUCUCCUCUCUAUCAAACUUCAAAAAACUAACCAACCCCCCUUUCAAUCUGAUUUUUCUCUAUAUAUAUACCCAAAUAAAAGAUAAAAAUAAUAAAAAAAAGCCUUGCUCUGUCAAUCAAUAAUGAUGAAGAUUUUCUGGCAUGUACUGUAGCGAGCAGAGGCAGGGGCAUGGCUCGGUGCAGAGGGCAUGAUUGCUGGCGCAGAGUGCAGGCGUGCAAGCAACGCGGGUUCGGCGCAGCAGGCGGCAAGGGGAUUUGGUGCAGAGGAAGGCUGGCGCAGUGCAGGGGCGAGAUUGAUGCAGAUUCGGUGCAGAGCAGGUGCAGGAGUGAUGAUUGCGUGGGAUCUGGGCGCAGGAGGCACGUCGGGCGUAGAGCAGGGAGCAAGGGCGCAGGCUGGUGCAGGGGCGAGGCUCGGACGUGCAGGGGACCUGGGUUCGGGCCGCAGGGCGCAGGGCGCAGGGCGUGAGCUGGUUCGGGAAAAAAACAAAUUUGAUGGGGAAGAAAACAAAUUUGAUGGGGAAAGAGAAGGUUCCAGACACCUUCUUUUUUUUUCUUUCUUUCUUUUUUUUGGGUUUGGGUUAAAUGGGUAUUGGGAUUUUGGGCUUGGGUAGUUGGUAGGCUUGGGUUUUGGAUUUUUGGGUAAUUUUUGGUUUUGGGAUUUUGGGAUUUUGGGCUUGGGUAGUUGGUAGGCUUUGGGUUUUGGGUAAUUGGGUUUGAGUUUGGUGGGUUUUGGAUUGGGUUUGAUGGGUUUUGGGUAGACUUUGCAUUUCACCCCUCCAACUUUCCAUUUCUUCAAUUGAGUCCUUUUUCUCAUCUUCUUUUCCAAUCUUCUUCGUAAAAUUUCCUUUUUGCCCUCCCCCUUUUUCUUUGAAUGAACCUAACAAGUAAAAUAAAGACAAAACAUAUUAGAUGAAAUAAAAAUAAAAAUAAAAAUAAAAGAAAAUUCUACUAAAAUUUGAGUUAUGACAGUCACUGCCCGUGGUUUCCCUGUUCUCGGUUUCGCUUCCUGAAAUGGUGGACAAGGAAAAAUUAUGAGAUAAACUCAAUAAGUAAAAUAUGGAGUGCCCUUAAUUAAACUUAUAGCAUGCCAACAAGUGUAAUAACGAAAAACGGAUACAAUACGGGAACAAAAUAAACGUCUCCUUUAUAGGUCACGGCCAGUGUUAUAAACCACCCACUAGCAGGGAUCAGUAAUUACCAGUGUAUUCGCGCAUUGGUAGGCGCACUAUUUGCUGGUGUAUAACUCCCACUAGCAGGGUCACUCGAACGAACCGAAUCUAUCAAUAACAUGUUGACAUGUGC